CAAACAAUUCUGAACCCCGAGCCUUGAAAAUGUUUCAUUAUCUAUUUAUUUUCUUACCCACAUACUCAUCACACGUACGAGCCCAGCGUGUCCCAUGUGACUUGUGAUGUGGUUAACAUCAGUCCUCAGGGUUGCUGUGUUUUCAGUUCAGAAUCAGUACAGUCACUUCAGCGACAAGCCAGUUCUGCUGCAGAGUUUUAAGAGAGUCAAUCUGCAAAAUGCCCACUUGGGUGCUUGCCAUGCAUGUUCUCUUCCUGCUUUCCUAUGGAACAUCAGCCUCUAAUGUCACAGAAAACAAGCCAGAGCUACUAGUUAUCACUGCUGAGGAAGGGGAGUCUGUCAAUAUUACUUGCACAUUCAACCAACUGGCGAUGUCAGGGCUGCAUUUGAGACGGACACUUGUGAAAGCCAUGGAUGUGCUAUACGUGAAACAAAAUGGUCGACACAUGACCAAAGCUCCUGAAUAUGAAUAUCGCAUGGAGUACUUUGAGCUGAAGAACGCAUCGACGAUAAUGCUAAAGCAUGUGAAGAAGAACGACAGCGAUGUGUAUUUGUGUGGGGGCACUCUGAUAAUUAACCAGGAGCCCAGUAUAAUGAAUUUCAGCACUAUCAUCUUGGCAGUGAAAGAGGCCUCAGCUAUGAAGCUAACCGAGUGUCCUUCAUCUCUCUGGGUGCCAUAUAUACUUAUCUUCAUGUCACUGCUCUUGUUUGUUGGACUGGGAUAUUUUAUCCUAUCUUAUAUAGAUAUCAAGAAAUGCUGCAACAAAGGAAAGGAGGCAGAAACACAAAAUAUGGUCUAUGAAGACAUGACGUGCAGCCUGAGGCGCAACACUGUGAAUAAUGUGUAUAAUAAUUAGAAGUGAUCUCUUGCCAGAUGGAAUAAUCCUGUCAUUCUCAG